AUGCCUACUGAGUUCAUCAGCGCGACUUUUCUCAAUCCAUCGACGGAGCUUCACCCAAUCCCCAAUGCCAGGAUUGAUCCCGAUUACCUUACCCGGUAUGCUCGUACUCUAGAUGACUAUGCUUUCAACUACACACUUGUGCCAUACGACUCGUCUUACUUCGACCCCUGGACAGUAGGUGCCACGAUCGCCUCGGUGACGAAGAAUCUAAAGAUCAUCAUCGCACUUCGACCAAACACAUUGUAUCCGACUGUGGCGGCCAAGGCUCUGGCCACGCUCGACCAGCUCAGCAGUGGCCGAGCAGUGGUACAUUUCAUUGCUGGCGGUAGCGACGUCGAGCAAGCCAGAGAAGGAGACUUCCUUACCAAAGAGGAACGCUACGCCCGCCUAGAAGACUAUAUUCGCAUCCUGAAGCGUGCAUGGUCGUCGCCGGAGCCAUUUGACUGGGACAGCAAGUACUACCAGUUCAAGCAGUUCCGAAACCUCGUCCGUCCUGCAAACAACACCAGCAUCCCAAUCUCGGUGGGUGGAUCUUCUGAGGACGCAUACCGUAUUGGCGGCGCAAUGGGCGAUAUCUUUGGCCUCUGGGGCGAGCCACUGAAGGAGACCAAGGACCAGAUCGACAAGAUUUACGCUGCUGCGGAUAAGGCCGGCCGUGCGCCCACGGAUCGGCCACGCAUUUGGGUGACCUUCCGUCCCAUCGUUGCGGAGACGGAGGAGCUUGCAUGGGCCAAAGCGCACAGAACACUCGACGCGCUCGAGAACAAUUCGGCCAAGAAGCAAAGCGCAUGGGGCGGAGCAACCGCUGCUGGUAAGGCAGGCGAGGCUCCAACUCCGCAAAACGUGGGCUCCCAGCGACUUCUGGAAAUUGCGAAACGUGGCGAGGUGCAAGACCGCGCUCUCUGGUAUCCAACCGUUACCGCGACGAAUGCGCGCGGAGCCUCGACUGCUCUGGUUGGAUCUUAUCAAACCGUUGUCGACUCAAUUUUGGACUAUGUCAAGCUUGGCUGCGAGCUCAUCUCCAUUCGUGGAUAUGACAACCUUAAUGAUGCGAUCGACUAUGGGCGUUAUAUCCUACCUCAAGUGCGCGCGAACUUGCCGGAUCUGGAGAAGAAAAGUGAGAACGGUGCCAACGGAGCAAAUGGCAAUUCUGUGGCGGUGCGCUGA